AAACUACCAAGAGGAAUGCAGCACUGCAGGGCUGCACCACAUGGCCGUGCCAGACUUCAAUACAUGGAGCUGUUCUGAAGUCUCCGAGACGAGCUGAGGGGCAUAUUGAGAUGAAUCUGCCAAGAUGUCGGGACUGGAGUUUUUUAUGGAUGGUGGAGCGACCUUUGCAGGACUCCUCUCUGCAGGAGCCGCACUUGUCGGUUACAAGCAGCAGAAAGAAGAUGACUCCGAACUUGUGGAUGAUGAGGAGGAGCUGGAGCGUUUGCGCAAGAACCUAGGUGAAGCUUGUAUUUCGGCAUGUGCAGCUCAUUCCGCGAUCACAGCAGCUUGGGGGCAACCUCUUUCUCUCUUCAAAGCAGAAGGCAGCCAACUUCAAGUUCAGUGGCUCAAAGUUCUGGAAUUUGCCCAAGCCUUGGUUGAAAAGGCUGCAGAGUUGGAAGAUUUGGCUGACGUCUACGAUGCACAGUUGCAUUUGGCCAUUACUCAGCAUCGAAGCCUGCGAAGGACUCCAGUGCAUGUGCUGGAAGGCAAGUUGGAUGAAAUUAGUUUGCUUUUGACUUCGCAGAUUCCGGCGGUCGUUUUUGCCAAAGAAGCCAAUACUCAUGGAGACGUGACUAGACUUCAGUCCGCCUUGGCAGCGAGAUGCCACCAGGACAGUGAGGCUGAGGGCAAAUCCUUGACAGCCUCCGAGGAGUUGCCCUUGGCCAUCCUACAAGAUCGGAAGCUUUUAGGCGAAUUGUGGCGAGUUGGGCCAGGGCGAAUGGAAGUGCUGGCACGAGCUAUUGCGCGACGCACUGGCAGGACGCCCAUGCCAGAGGGUCCUACAGAAUACUCCUCUUAUGUGGCGGACUACUUGUGAGGGCGCGGAGCGGGAGCGUGUGGAGCGGCUGACUGGAAGGGGUCGCCGUGUGCGUGGGAGCUGGGAGAAGCAAAAAGGUUGCGCGCAGCAAUGGACAGCCUGUCGGGAAGGUCAUGCAUUCUGCAAGAGUCAGUCUUUUUGACAAGCUUUGUUACUUUGCAGCUGUGAUUGGGAAUGCGGUACUGUCAAGAAGCAGCGAGGUAAAUGUUCC